GCAGGAAGCUUUCCUGUUCCUUACCUAUUACAGGAGGUCCUACUGUGGCACCCAGUCCAGAUAACGCAUGCAGUCUGUCUCUCUCCUACAGGAUGAAUUUUUAGAUGUGAUCUACUGGUUCCGACAGAUCAUCGCUGUGGUCCUAGGUGUCAUUUGGGGAGUGUUACCAUUGCGAGGUUUCUUGGGAAUAGCAGGAUUCUGCCUGAUCAAUGCAGGAGUCCUGUACCUCUACUUCAGCAACUACCUACAGAUAGAUGAGGAAGAAUAUGGCGGCACAUGGGAGCUCACGAAAGAGGGGUUUAUGACAUCUUUUGCGUUGUUCAUGGUCAUCUGGAUCAUCUUUUACACUGCCAUCCACUAUGACUGAUGGUGUACAGUCCCCACCUGCUCCAUUUCUGGUCCAAAGGACCCUCUUAGUUACAGCACAGAAACAUGAUUAUAGGGGCACCCCAGCCACAUGGAAUCUGGAAGACACGUUUCCUGGACCAAGAAUCAGUGUGUUGGGCGUCAGUGUUUUCUGCAAGUGUUGUGACCUGAAACUUUUUAAAGAACCAUCCACCUUUUGGGGAAGCAUUUCUGAAUUGUCCACCACCAACCAUGUCUUCUUGGAUACCAUCAUGACACACCUAUUUGCAGAUUGGAGCUGUCGUUUAAUUUGAUGCACCUCUGGAUCUGGAUGAAACAUUAAAUUAUCUUCCUCACUUCUCCAUCAGGUGUACAGUUUUUAAACUAUCAGUGGCAUUUCAAGUCUUUCAAAAAGAGUAUGGCAGUAUGUGCAUGGUCCAUAGCAUAGUACAAGCGGUAUCUAGUAACAGUUUCUAUUGUAGAAUGUUUUCAGAUACUUGAAUAAAUCAGAUCUUUAAUUGACAA